AGCAAGUUGCAAUCACAACUUCGUCUUUCUACUUUCCUUCCACAUCAUCAUAACUCAGGCCUAUCAUAAACUCUAUUCCGCACCCUUGAAUCCUAGAAAAUACGAAGCUCAGAAAAGCCAUAAUCACCCUCCUAUGCUCUAGUCCUAACCCCUCAACAAACGUAACCAUGGCCAGCCCUAAGAUCGCUGAGGUGCUGUCCCAGCUACAAUCAGACAUCCCCUCCAGCCUCGAAUCUCUCCUCUCCAAUCUCAAAACCCUGUCGACCCCCGAAACCAUCUCCGCCGACCUACACGCCAUCGCCAAUGCCAUCCUCUCCACAACCUCGCACCUAGGCGUCGUAACCCAGCGCACGCUAAUCGAGCGUCUAAUCGUCGCCGUCCGCACAUUCGAGCAGCCAGACCUCUGGAUCGACAUCGGCGAGCACUUGCUAAACACCCUUUCCUCCUCCACCAGCAGCGCCAGCACCAGCGACCAAACCACCACCUCCGGCACCUUCCUCGAGCAAAUCGUUCAACUACGGGAGCUCCUAGCCGACGCCCACGAAGCGAACGAAGACCACAUCCUCGCCGCCCGCGCUCUCGCCGAAAUCCCCCUCGACAGCUCCUCGCGUCGCGUGACGGAAGAAAACCGCGUCUCCGUUUGGGUCCGCAUCGUGCGCAACUACCUCGAAGUAGACGACACCACGACCGCCGAGACGUACCUCAACAAGCUCAAGAACGUAAUCUACCAAGUCUCCGACCCGACGCUGAAUCUGCACUUCAAGCUCUCACAAGCCCGCAUCCAAGACUCCAAACGCGAGUUCCUGUCCGCGAGCCAAGCGUACCACGACAUCAGCCUCUCCGCCGCGAUCAGCGAGGACGAGCGUCUGCACACUCUCGGCAUGGCCGUGAAAUGCGCGAUCCUCGCCCCGGCCGGCCCGUUACGCAGUCGUGCUCUCGGUCGUCUAUUUAAAGAUGAGCGAGCGGCGGGGUUGCCUGAGUUCGGGAUGUUGGAGAAGAUGCUGUUCGACCGCCUCCUCGCCCCGGACGAGGUGCGCAAGUUUGCGGAGGGGCUGGCGCCGCACCAGUUAGCGCUUACGGCGGACGGGACGACGGUGUUGGCGCGGGCGGUGGUGGAGCACAAUUUGUUGGGCGUUUCGCGGUUAUAUAAUAACAUCGGGUUUGACGACCUGGGCGUCCUUCUCGGUUUGGAUGCCGAUAAGGCGGAGGACACGACGGCGAAGAUGAUUGAACAGGGUCGACUUGUAGGUAGUAUCGAUCAAAUCGACCGUGUGAUCUGGUUUGAAGGCGGGGAAGCUUCGGGGGUGAAGGGGAGUGGACGGGCUGAGGUGAAAGUGGGUAGGGAGAUGCGACGGUGGGAUGCUAAUGUGCAGAGCUUGGCGGAAGCUGUUGAGAACGUGACGAAUGCACUUCAGCGAGAAUUUCCUGAGUUCGUUCAUGAUAAUCUGGUGGUGGGAUGAGUUUAGAAAGACCGGGGAAGCAAGGCAUGGAAGGCAUUGGCGUAUGAGCAGGAAUGAGGAAUGGCUGUUACUUGCUUGGUGUGUCUGGCGUUACCUAAUGAAUGAAUGCAUAGAUACGGCGUCAAGGAAGACGAUGUCGUAAAUCGACAUAUGAGUUUCUGAAAUGAAAAAAGUAGAUUCAUCUUAUUCAACGAGAUAGAUCUUAAUCGAUGGACU